UGAAGAGUAGGCUUGUAGUAAAGUACAAGGUGAUGUGUUGUUAAGAGCUUGGUUCCAUAUAAUUUUAACACUAUUUGUAUUAUCCAAGGGAAGUGAGCUCUGCCCCACCCUACCAAAACUCUUAAACCCACACAGACAGUUCCCUGCUAUAAAUAUAGAAGAGCUUGGCCUUGCUGGCUUCAGUUUAACAGUCUGCAGAUUAAGACCCAGUCACUUGUAUUCAGUAGCAGAGUCUAACUGUGUUUGCAAGACAACAAGAGAUUAGCAUCAAGCCCCUUUCAAACCUGUACCUGCAAAGCAACAAAAUAUGCCUCAUAAUAAUAAGAUGACAUUUUGGCAACAUUUUGGUUCACGAUCACUUAAACCAAGAAGGCCACCACAGAAGAAAUCACUAAGAAGGCAAACGUUACAGAAAAUGAGUUACAGAGAUGAAGUGUCUCUCCCAGCAUCUCCUUCAGAGCAAGAUUUUGUUGACAUGAUCUCGAAAGCUCAGUGCCGGAGGUAUGACAGCCAGCGUUCUCCCUUCCCUUCUCCUGUUAUAAUAAGAGCCACGCCUGAGCCCGAAAUUGAUGAGCCUAACUCCGAAGAUGAAGAGCAAAUAUCGGAGAUCUUAGAAGAGGACGGUAGCAUGAUAACACCGACCAACUCUCGUCAUGCUUUUGAGGAGAAUGGAGAUGGGCCAGUUGAUGGUGAGAGUAUUAACUCUCUCUCUAAUAGCAGUGAUGAUUGUAAUCACACUAGCCUUCUUCCUCCGGGCUCUCCUGCUAUAGGACUCAGACCAAAUCGACGCUCAGUUGAAGCACUAAAAAAGCUAAUACAAGUAAAUGAAGCUCCAUUUCCUCUUCUCAUUACGCCACCUGAUGGAGGCUAUUGGGUACAGAAUGGAGAAUAUGAAAGCAGUAGGAACGUGGAUGGGACAUGGCUAGCACCGGAGAUAGACACUGAGCACUUUAGGCUGGACAUUGAUAACACUGCAAUGAUGUACGGGAGACAUUUUGUGGGUCACCCUCACAAGAAUUUUUAUGUUCGAGAGAGUAAAUUUGGAUCUCUGGUGUUCAGCCUGAUGAUUGACGGCAAUGUUAGCUGCGAUCCUUUGAUAAGAAUGAUAUUGAGAACUAAGGAAGCAACUCAUUACAAGGUGUAUCCUUCUGCUCAGUUGUCACGAAAACUGGAGCCAGAAGAAUACCUAGCGAUUAUACUGAGUACGCUGAAUGAUGGGGAGACACUGAGGGUUGAAGGCUUACAGAGAAUCAGCUCAAAAAAGGCACCAGAGAUAAUACAAAAAUUUGAUGAGCACUCUGUUGCAAAGCAGCACAAAAUUGGAAUCAUUUAUCAAAAAUUUGGACAGACAACCGAAGAGGAGAUGUUUUGCAACAAUGAGCACUCGCCUGCUUUUAAAGAAUUUCUCGAGCUUCUAGGAGAGACAGUAAAACUAAAAGGAUUUGAAAAGUACAGAGGUGGUUUGGAUAAUGUGAAUGAUCAGACUGGUAAAUACAGUGUUUACACUGAGUUCAAUGAUCAAGAAAUAAUGUUCCAUGUAUCUACACUGCUACCUUAUGACCCUGGGGACAGACAACAGGUUGCUAGAAAGAGACACAUUGGUAAUGACAUUGUCCUCAUUGUGUUCCAAGACAGCAACACUCCAUACAGUCCGGACUGUGUCAGGUCAAAGUUCCUUCAUGCACACAUUGUCGUACAAGUCGAGCAGAAGAACUCAAAAAACACCGUCUACAAAGUUGCAGUUGCAGCAAAAGAAGAUGUCCCUGACUUUACUCCUCCUCUUCCCACUCCUGCUGUGUUCUCUAAAGGGCCAGAUUUCAGAGAGUGGCUCCUAACUAAAGUCCUCAAUGCCGAAGCGAAGUGUCAUCAAGCACCUGCCUUCCUGCAACUAGCAACAAGAACUCGUUCUCAGUUAUUUAUUCAUUUAUUGAGAGAACUUUCAGGACAAGAAUUUGUAACUACACCAGUACACGACAAAAGAAAGAGUGCAGUUGAACCGUACGAGCAGCCAAACUCCCUGGGGUCUCCCCAAAAAAGGAGGAUGACUUUCGGUACUUUUUUCCCACGACGUAAAUCCACGACCACAGGAGAUGCACCAAGGCCAUUGUCGCCUAAUAAACUAUUGAGUAAACCUGAGAAGAAUUUACUAGCAACCAGCACACCUGAUCUCUCUAUACUGGGAGGAGAUGACUCUAGUUCUAGCAAGAAAAGGGUUUCGACUUUAGAAAGGAAACGAAGCAACAGACGACAGGAUAAAACCCUAAACCCCUCAGGUCCCUCUUCCUCCUCAAAAAAGAAGUUCAGCAUCCGAGGGAAAAGAAAACCAAAGGAGUCCCUCACAACAGAUAUACUGGAGGAAAGAUCAAGAGAAGAGGAGUAUUACUACGAUCGAAAUCAGAAAUCAGAUCAGACCGGGUUUUCAUCCGACUGCACGUCUGUAAGCUCCCCCUUAAACUGGAGCGUACCUAACGAUCUCCCGGGGGUAGUCAUAUUAUCCUCUCAACCAAAUGAAGAAUCCGAUGCACAAACUUCACGAACAUUCUCUCUUGAUAGAUGCCACAGGGAGAAAUGGGCAUCGAAUCCUGACAUAAUGAAUGAAGACAGGCGGAAGAGAAACCGAAGGAGAGGAGACCUUUUAGACAUUGAUGCCCCCAGCGGCUCGGGUCCCCGCUCUUGUGAUGUAGGAAUUCAAGUUGACAACAUGAGGCCAAUGUUCACGUUCCCUACUCCUCCUCACUCGCUGUCUCCCAUUGAGGGAGGAAGGAGAGUUCCUGUCUCCAAUAGAGUGAGGAUGUUGGAGGUUCAUCAGAGGAACACUGCUGGAAUGGACAUGAAUACUCUUGGAUACUAUACAUCAUCUAACUCUACACUCGAUAGAUUCUCAUUCCCGUUAUCUUUAGAAGAGGAAUCGGCUGAUGAAAGACAGAUAACGCCUAUAGCUGAAACACCUGGCAGCGGUUCUGGUGAAAGUGAUUCUGAUGAAAGCAUUAAUGGUGAAAGAACUGACACAACAUACGAUUCACUGCUUGGUUCUAUCAAAUCGCUGACUGACGAAGUGGCAAGACUACGUCAAAUGCAGUUAUACUUGUGCAAAGAAAAUGCCAAAUUAUCGGGUCAAGUAAAGAAAUGGAAGACAAAGUAUAAGACUCUUAAAACUGAGUCAAUGCGAGAUCUAUCUGGAACUGGGAUCAGCGAAUCGGAACCAACUCGAAAAGACUCUGAAAUUGGAACUAAGUUAUAAAAAGCAGGAAAA